CCUUUUUUCUCGGCGCCUGGUUUUUGAAAAGCUUGGAAAAGUUGGAACAGACAGGUGUUGUAGCUUGCGUUGCUAGAAACAACGUAACCCACUUAUUGUCACGAUAUACAAUAUAUGUUGCCUUUGAUAGCAGCUGGAAACUUCCGCCGUGGGACACUGUUCAUGAAAGGACCAAAGUCCGACAUGGAAUCGACAGUGCUGAACCUGCUCAACCAUUUCCAGAAUCUUUGUGCAUGCUCCAAUAUUCUCAAUGAGGGCCUCGAACCACAGUUCAUCCAAAUGGCUCUGAACUUCGAGGACUGCAGGAGGAAGUGGCUGCAGUGGGAGGAGGAACUGGGAGCCUGCAAGGAGGUGCUGACCAAAACAGAGACUGAGAGGGGGGCUCUGGAGAUAAAGCUAAAGCACGCCCGCAACCAGGUGGACGUGGAGAUCAGACGGCGCCAGCGGGCAGAGGCAGAAUACGAGAAACUGGAGCGUCAGAUCCAGCUGAUCCGGGAUAUGCUGGUGGCAGAGAGCUCCAGCAGCAGCCUCCACCUGAGUGAGGAGCAGCGCUCUGCCCUGGCCUUCCUGAACGCCCACUCCCAGGCCGCGCAGGCUGCCAAGAACAACCUCAACACCAGCCACAGGUUAACCACCAUAGAUGAAUCUGCUUCCUUGUUGUCAGACAUUAGCUAUGACAAAACAGAUGAUUCUCUGGAUUGGGACUCUUCUGUGAUGAGGACAGUGCGACUGAGAAAACUGCAGAAAAGGCGUUCCUCCAGAACCCUUGCUGAGCCUCCCCAGCAGGUGGUGAAGAAACCCCGCUCCACUGGCCGCACUUCCGAGAGGGUGAACGAGUCCAUAGUGACCAAGACCACCAUCACAGUGCCCGUCAACGGAGGCCCGGUAGAGGCCGUGUCCACCAUGGAGACAGUGCCUGGCUACUGGAUAGGCAGCAGGAAGAGGACCGCUGCUCAGGGCUGGGACACUACUUCUAUUGACCAAUCAGAGACAGCUAACGAGGCUCUCAGCACUCCAUGCAGUAAGGCUCUGCCCCCAACCAAAACACCCAGAGCCAAAGUGGGGGCCCGAAAGCACGAGUUCCUUGCCAAAACGGUGAUCAGGUCAGAGUUCUGCGUGCCGUGUGGAAGGAAGACCAAGUUUGGGAAGCUCUACCUGAGGUGCCAGGACUGCAGGCUGGUGGCUCACCCAGAGUGCCGGGACCGCUGCACCCUGCCAUGUAACCCUAUCUCUACAGGCAGCACCCCCAUCAGGACCAGAGAGCCAAGCACCCUUGCAGACUACGCUCCCUCCUCCUCUCCCAUGAUCCCUGCCCUGGUGGUCCACUGUGUCAAGGAGAUUGAGCACAGGGGUUUACACGAGAUGGGUCUGUACCGUGUGUCGGGCGAGGGGCGCACUGUGAAGGAGCUGAAGAAGAGCUUCCUGCGGGGGAGGACAGUGCCUGCCCUGGCCAAGGUGGAGGAUAUCCACUGUGUCACGGGCCUCCUCAAGGACUUCCUGAGAAACCUCCCGGAGCCCCUCCUCACCUUCCGCCUCAACCGUGACUUCAUGGAGGCUGCAGAAAUCCCGGACAAUGGCAAUAGCCUGUCAAUGAUCUACCAGACCAUCAGUGAGCUGCCCCAUCCUAACAGAGACACUCUGGCCUAUCUGUCCAUCCACCUGCAGAGGGUGGCCCAGUGUGUACUAGACACCAAGAUGGACAUCACCAAUCUGGCAAGAGUGUUUGGACCCACCCUGGUGGGUCAUGCCGUCCCAGACCCAGACCCCAUGACCAUCCUGCACGACACAAACAGACAACCACGGGUGAUGGAGUGCUUGUUGGACCUUCCUUAUGAGUACUGGAGCCAGUUCACAGUGGAGCAGCACACCCAUCCAGACGAUGUGGUCAAAGACGAUGCUAACUGCUACAACACUCCAGACCACAAAGUGAGCAUGCUGGGACCAGUGACCACUCCAGAACAUCAGAUGACUAAAACACCCUCCUCCAGCUCCCUGUCCCAGCGCAUGAAACAGACUUUCUCCAGCACCACCAUAUUUGGAAGCAAGAGCAAGGCAUCCACUAGCUCAAGUUGCCAAGAAGGCUUCUUUGCCUCCCCUCAGCUGAAGUAAUGGUCAAACCACGGUAUUAUGAUGAAAAAGUAACAUUUUAAACUCUUUUUCUAAAGGUUAUGUGGUCAAGGAACAAAACUGUUCAUUUUUACAUAGCCACUGUACAUGGGGAAACCACUGCAAUGUCACAAUGUUUUUUAAACUAUUUUAUAUCUGUCCUAAACUGGGACAUGCUUAACACCAUGGCCAUCCUACAAUCUAAGCUUGUUGCCCUCAAUCUCACACAAAUGAUCAAUGAACCUACCAGGUACAACCCCAAAGCCGUAAACAUGGGCACCCUCAUAGAUAUCAUCCUAACCAACUUGCCCUCUAAAUACAACUCAGAUACAAUACAUCUCAGAGAUCACUGCCUCAGUGCCUCUAUCCGUAAUGGGUCAGCGGUCAAACAACCCCCACUCAUCACUGUCAAACGCUCCCUGAAACACCAGCGAGCAGGCCUUUCUAAUCGACCUGGCCCGGGUAUCCUGGAAGGAUAUUGACCUCAUCCCGUCAGUAGAGGAUGCCUGGUUAUUCUUUAAAAAUGCCUUCCUCACCAUCUUAAAUAAGCAUGCCCCAUUUAAAGAAAUUUAGAACCAGGAACAGAUAUAGCCCUUGGUUCUCUCCAGACCUGACUGCCCUUAACCAGCACAAAAACAUCCUGUGGCGUUCUGCAUUAGCAUCAAACAGCCUCCGAGAUAUGCAGGGAAGUUAGGAACAAAUAUACACAGGCAGUUAGAAAAGCCAAGGCUAGCUUUUUCAAGCAGAAAUUUGCUUCCUACAACACAAACUCAAAGUUCCUCCCAGCUGCCCACUGCACUGAGGAUAGGAAACUCUGUCACCACUGAUAAAUCCACUAUGAUUGAGAAUUUCAAUAAGCAUUUUUCUACGGCUGGCCACGCUUUCCACCUGGCUACCCCUACCCCGGUCAACAUCACUGCACCCCCCACAGCAACUCGCCCAAGCCUUCCCCAUUUCUCCUUCUCCCAAAUCCAGUCACCUGAUGUUCUGAAAGAGCUGCAAAAUCUGGACCCCUACAAAUCACCCGGGCUAGACAAUCUGGACCCUUUCUUUCUAAAAUUAUCUGCCGAAAUUGUUGCAACCCCUAUUACUAGCCUGUUCAACCUCUCUUUCGUGUCGUCUGAGAUUCCCAAAGAUUGGAAAGCAGCUACGGUCAUCCCCCUCUUCAAAGGGGGGGACACUCUUGACCCAAACUCCUACAGACCUAUAUCUAUCCUACCCUGCCUUUUCUAAGGUCUUCGAAAGCCAAGUUAACAGAUUACCGACCAUUUCGAAUCCCACCGUACCUUCUCCACUAUGCAAUCUGGUUUCAGAGCUGGUCAUGGGUGCACCUCAGCCACGCUCAAGGUCCUAAACGAUAUCUUAACCCCCAUCGAUAAGAAACAAUACUAUGCAGCCGUAUUCAUUGACCUGGCCAAGGCUUUUGACUCUGUCAAUCACCACAUCCUCAUCAGCAGUCUCAACAGCCUCGGAUUCUCAAAUGAUUGCCUCACCUGGUUCACCAACUACUUUUCCGAUAGAGUUCAGUGUGUCAAAUCGGAGGGCCUGUUGUCCGGGCCUCUGGCAGUCUCUAUGGGGGUGCCACAGGGUUCAAUUAUUGGGCCAACUCUUUUCUCUGUAUACAUCAAUGAUGUCGCUCUUGCUGCUGGUGAGUCUCUGAUCCACCUGUACGCAGACGACACCAUUCUGUAUACUUCUGGCCCUUGUUUGGACACUGUGUUAACUACCCUCCAGACGAGCUUCAAUGCCAUACAACUCUCCUUCCGUAGCCUCCAACUGCUCUUAAAUACAAGUAAAACUAAAUGCAUGCUCUUCAACCGAUCGCUGCCUACACCUGCCCGCCCGUCCACUACUCUGGACGGUUCUGUCUUAGAAUAUGUGGACAACUACAAAUACCUAGGUGUCUGGUUAGACUGUAAACUCUCCAGACUCACAUCAAACAUCUCCAAUCCAAAGUUAAAUCUAGAAUUGGCUUCCUAUUUCGCAACAAAGCAUCCUUCACUCAUGCUGCCAAACAUACCCUCGUAAAACUGACCAUCCUACCGAUCCUCGUCUUCGGCGAUGUCAUUUACAAAAUAGCCUCCAAUACCCUACUCAAUAAAUUGGAUGCAGUCUAUCACAGUGCCAUCCGUUUUGUCACCAAAGCCCCAUAUACUACCCACCACUGCGACCUGUACGCUCUCGUUGGCUGGCCCUCGCUUCAUAAUCGUCGCCAAACACACUGGUUCCAGGUCAUCUACAAGACCCUGCUAGGUAAAGUCCCGCCUUCUCAGCUCACUGGUCACCAUAGCAGCACCCACCCGUAGCACGCUCUCCAGCAGGUGUAUUUCACUGGUCACCCCCAGGGCCAAUUCCUCCUUUGGCCGCCUCUCCUUCCAGUUCUCUGCUGCCAAUGACUGGAACGAACUACAAAAAUCUCUGAAACUGGAAUCACAUCUCCCUCACCAGCUUUAAGCACCAGCUGUCAGAGCAGCUCACAGAUCACUGUACCUGUACAUAGCCCAUCUAUAAAUAGCCCAAACAAUUACCUCAUCCCCUACUGUAUUUAUUUUGCUCCCUUGCACCCCAGUAUUUCUACUUUGCAUAUUCACCUACUGCAAAUCUACAAUUCUAGUGUUUUUAAUUGCUAUAUUGUAUUUACUUUGCCACCGUGGCCUUUUUUGUUGCCUUUACCUUCCUUAUCUCACCUCAUUUGCUCACAUUGUAUAUAGACUUGUUUUUGUACUGUAUUAUUGACUAUAUGUUUGUUUUACUCCAUGUGUAACUCUGUAUGUGUCAAACUGCUUUGCUUUAUCUUGGCCAUGUCGCAGUUGUAAAUGAGAACUUGCAUACCUGGUUAAACAAAGGUUAAAUAAAUAUCAAACGUAUUUUCUGUGCAAUAUUAGAUUUUGCUUUAAACACUCAUUCUUGUUAACAUAUACUGUAAUAUGGGAAGCUACUGCCGUACAUUUUAUACCAAUUUAUAUCACAAACUUAUUUUAAACUUUAUUUUCUAACGAACUAUGCAAUAUUUGAUUUUGCUUUAAACACUAAUGACUUGAAAUAGCUUUAUUUAACGUUAAACUAAAAUCACUGUUACACAAAUCACUUAGCCUAAAAUAUCAACAUAAAAAGGAUUGAGGUUUGCAUCUCUAUUUAAUGGGAUACCUUUGUAUAUGCGAUAAUUAAUCAGUCUGAUCUGUCUAAUCAUGGAAGAAGAAGUAACUGUUAGCCAGUGUUGCUGCUACAAGUUGCUGCUACAUCAAACCAAGGACCUUUGGUGAUCCGACAUGGGCUCAAAUACUUUUUUCAAAUCUUGAAGUACUGUUAUCAUUUACUUUAGCCUGCCUGGAGUGCCAAAUGGACAGGAUUUGCCAGUAUUCUAUUAGUUCCAUUGUGCCAGGCAAGCUCAAUCAAGCCUAGGUAAAGUAUUUGAAACCAGGUCAGGUAUUGACCAGUAUACAUUACAGUACAUAGUGUUGUGUAACGCAUAAGUUGAUUAGGUCUAUAAAUGAUGCAUUGGUAGUGGUACUCUCUUAUUCUGUGAUUGUAAUGACGGAGUUGGAGGGACACUAGCAUUGGAUUGGAACAGAAAAAAAUGAACAUUUGUACAGUCCUGUAACCGUUAAUGUGAUCUGUAUUUUGGAAUGCAAUGAUUGUAUGUUUUUCUUUAUUGAUGAUUUAAGUAGUUUUUUUGUGGUAAAAUAAUCAUGCCAACCUUUUAUUAGAUAAUCCCCUCUUAUGUGUUAUGUAAACGUUCUAACCAAAGAUUGCAAAGAACAUCAGAAUGUCCCUUGGGCUAUAUCUCUAAGAAUUUGAAAAAUGUAAUUGUCCUGUUAUUGAUAUACAAUUCUCACAAAAAAAUUACAACUUGAUGGAAGGUGAUGUGAUUGAAGUGAUUUCUCUUUCAGGUGUGUUUAGCUGAGUAGUUUCAAGGGGGUGCAAUUGCACCAUUUGAUACACCAUCAAAAUGCACUGCUUAUACUAUCUUUCCCCCUCUAAGAAAUGCAAUUUGUUGAUCAUGUGAAUAUAAAGUUUGUACCAACAUUUUUUUUGUAUGCUCAGUAUCUUGUUCAUGAGGACAGGAUUAAAGGGAUAUUUCAGUCAAAUAAUUUUUUCAAAAUAGUUUCGGAUCUAAAAAUAAUUGUCUGAAGUUUACUUAAUCUCAUUCUACCGUUUGUAUAGAUUCAGGCUAU